AUGUUUUUAGAAAUCCUUAUUGUGUUUCUUAGUCUGCUUUUGCUAUGGGACUAUUUAUCGAAAAAACGUCGCAAUGAUAUGUUAAGUUAUAUGAAGGGACCCAAACCGUUACCGGUUGUGGGGAAUGUUCUUUCCUAUCGUGGACAAAACCCUGAACAGAUUAUGUCCUUCAUCACCAACAAUAGCAAAAAAUAUGGUGACAUGUAUCGUGUAUGGAUACUUCAGCAGUUGGCUGUUUUCUCAUCGGAUCCUCGUGAUCUUGAAGUCAUUCUGAGUUCUCCCCAGCACAUAACCAAGAACAAUCUAUAUGAACUUUUGCAUCAGUGGUUGGGCACUGGUUUACUCAUGAGUACAGGCAAAAAAUGGCAUUCACGUCGUAAAAUUAUCACUCCAACAUUCCAUUUCAAAAUUCUGGAGCAAUUUGUGGAAAUAUUCGACCAACAAAGCACGGUAAUGGUUAAAAGGCUGAGUGACAAAGCCGAUGGGGAAACUGCUGUUAAUAUCUUUCCAAUUAUUUGUUCCAUGGCCUUGGACAUCAUUGCUGAAACUGCUAUGGGAGUCAAGAUUAAUGCCCAAAAUAAUCCUAAAUUUCCAUAUGUUCAGGCUGUGUUUACAGUAACAAACAUAACCACAAAGCGUUUCAUCAACGUUUGGCAUCGUAUCGAUUGGAUAUUCCGUGUCACUGCACCGACAGAAUAUAAACGAUUGAAUGAAAGUAUUCGUUUGAUGCACGAUUUCACAGAGAAUAUAAUUAUGGAGAGGCGCGAAUCAUUGCAAAAGACGGUCGGUCAAAAUUUAUCUCUUGAUGAGGAUGACCUUGGCCAGAAGAAACGAAUGGCGUUGUUGGAUGUGCUCUUGCAGUCCACAAUAAAUGGUGCUCCCUUAAGUAACGAAGACAUUCGAGAGGAAGUAGACACAUUCAUGUUCGAGGGCCAUGACACCACGACAAGUGGUAUAUCAUUUGCCCUUUAUCUCAUUGCCCGACAUCCAGAAGUUCAAAAGAAGCUAAUGGAAGAAAUUGUCGAAGUUUUGGGAACCGAAAAGGAUCGUCCCGCUUCAUAUAGAGAUUUAAGUGAACUGAAAUAUCUGGAAUGCGUUAUAAAGGAAUCGUUGCGUCUUUACCCACCAGUACCCAUGAUUGGUCGUUACUUCACCGAAGAUGUUGAAAUACGCGGCAAAAAGAUUCCGGCUGGUACCAAUUUUACAAUGGGCUUCUUCGUAUGCCUUCGCAAUCCCAAAUAUUUCCCUGAUCCUGACGCUUUUAAACCAGAACGUUUUCUAAGUGAGAAUGCUGCCGAAAUUGAUCCCUAUGCUUACAUUCCCUUCUCGGCUGGGCCCAGAAAUUGUAUUGGUCAGAAAUUUGCCGUUUUGGAAAUGAAGAGUGCCAUAAGUAAAAUUUUGAGAUACUAUGAAUUGUUGCCGUUGGGUCCCCAGGUUAGGCCAAUGAUGAAUUUGAUUUUGCGUUCGGCCAAUGGCAAUCACAUUGGAUUAAAACCGAGACAGUAUUAA